AAAUCCUCCGGAAAUGCCAUUUCAGUUGCUAUAAAUGUGUCAGGUUGCACAAGUAGUAUAUGCAUAAUCUAGUCUUCUUCAAAAUGGGAACCCAUGUUUUAUCUCGCAUUUUAUUCCUAGUUCUCUGCAUCUACAGCCUUAGAACCAUGGUUGAUGCGGCUGGAGAAUGCGGGCGAAAUCCCCCAGAUAGAGAAGCCAUCAAGCUAGCUACUUGUGCAAUGGCUUCACAAGACACAUCUGCAAAAGUGUCUCCAACUUGCUGUGCUCGAGUGAGAGAGAUGGGAAAGAACCCGAAAUGCCUUUGCGCUGUCAUGCUUUCUUCCACAGCUAGGAGCUCUGGAGCAAAGCCAGAGAUCUCAAUGACAAUUCCUAAACGUUGCAACAUCGCUAGUCGUCCCAUUGGAUACAAGUGUGGAGCUUAUACUCUGCCUUGA